AUGCUUAUUCUCCUUGAAACAAAGAUUAAAGAGCACAAAUCCCUUAGUGAUGCCUUAGGUUUAGACACUCAUGUACAAGUUAGUGCCAUCGGGUUCUCUGGGGGCAUUGCAGUCAUGUGGAAGCAAGAUGUCCUCCAGCUUGACAACUUCUCUUCUUCAGCUCAGGGCAUCCACGUAAUGGUAAAGGUAAGACCUGACCACAGAUCUUGGCUUUUUUUGGCUAUUUAUGCUAGUCCUGACUAUCACAUGCACACUCAGCUCUGGGACGAACUCUGUGAUAUAUCCAAUAGAUAUAGUGGUGAAUGGUUUAUGGGUGGUGACUUCAAUGAUAUUUUAGAAGCUAAAGACAAAUUAGGUGGAACACCUAUUAAUUAUAAUAGGGUCAAUGCCUUCAGACAAUGUCUUAACAACUGUAGCAUGAUUAACUUAGGUUUUAAAGGGAAUAAAUACACGUGGACCAAUAAACAUCAUAGAAACAGAAGACAGCUCAUCUUUGAAAGACUUGAUAGGUGCCUGGCAAACAAUCUCGGGAUAACCUAUUACCCAGAGACAACUGUCACAUACUUACCAAGAACUAAGUCGGACCACUCCCCCAUGCUUGUCAACUUCUCUGGCAACAAACAUCACACUCAAGGAAAGACUUUUAGAUUUGAGCCCAUGUGGUGCACUCACCAUUCCUUCAAAAACUUAGUUAACUCUUGCUUCAAUACCGACCAAUGCCUCCUGAAGGCUAUUGAAUUUUUCCAAGUGAAGGCAACCCAUUGGAACUCCACUAUCUUUGGGAACAUCUUUCACAAGCACAAAAGAGUCUUGGCUAGACUUGAUGGAAUCCAAAAUUUCAAACAAGAGCUCCUCAGUGAAUAUAACUCGCUCCUUCUUUGUGAAGAAAAUAUUUGGAAAAUGAAGUCUAGAAUCUCUUGGAUUAGAGAGGGAGAUACAAACACAAAAAUUUUCCAUGCAUCUACCUUGAAUAGAAAGAGGAGAAAUAAAAUCUAUUCUCUCAAUGAUGAAGCAGACAACAGUAUUCAGGGUAGUGAAGAAAUCACCAAUCACUUUUUUAAUUUCUUCACCACCCUGUACACUUUGAACCACAUCAUUUCCAAAAGGCCCAAGCCCCACAACAGUGGACCGGUGCACGGCCUCUCUGUAGAAGCCAGCUCCCUUUUGGCUAGCCCUCUUAGAGAUAGUGAAAUCUUAAGCGCCCUUAAAUCCUUUCACUCUCUUAAAGCCCCUGGGCCUGACGGCAUACACCUUUUUGUUUCUUUCAGAAAUUUUGGGAUAUACUCGGUGAAAAAAUCAAAACCUUCUGUCGUAAAGCUUUUUAAGAAAAAAAGAUCCCCAAAGAAUCCAACACCACCUUCCUCUGUCUAA